AUACCACGAAUAAUGAAUCACCUGUGUAUUUUACAAGAAGAAUAUUUUUAAAACAAACAAUUUUAUUAGUAAAGUGCACUGCGUAGCCCACUGUUUACUUGCUGAUAAAGCAAAAACCGUGAAAAAGUGAUUACUGUGCAAGGCCUAGACGUGAUUUCUUAGUCACUUUUAGUGAAGAGUUGCGUUUCGAGUGAAAAGAAAAAAUGGCUUCAAUUGAGGAUCAAAUGGCAAAAUUGCGGAUGUCGUCUGGAGAGGAACCAAUUAUUUAUCAGGCUUUAUCGAAAAAAGCUCCACAAGUUCCGCCAAAGCCGAAUAAGAAGGCGGAUGCUGCUCCAAGCAAGACGCCUCUUGUGCCCCGAAGUUCUAACGUGAAGAAAUACAUUGAGCCCCAAUAUUGUGCGACGCUCGGUGGAAGUCAUUUGUACAGCAAUGUCCCGUCGGGCAAAGUGACUCUCGAUGACGCCGUCGAGCUACAGAUCAAAAAAGAAGCUUUGGAACACCGCAAAAUGCUUUUACAGCGAAAAGCUGAACGAGAUGCCGUCAAAUAUGGCACCGUGCCUGCCAAUAACAACAACAACAACAACAAUGGCGGUCAAAUUUACGAAAAUUGUCAGCAGCAAGGUCAGUUGACGUAUGCCAACUUGACGAAUUUGCGUCAUCACGAUUUGCCGCCGCCACCUCCACUUGUGAUAAAUAACGAAUUACCAUCGGAUGACUUUCCGCCGCCCCCCAGUCCCGUCAGUUCGUCAUACAGCGAGUUACGGCAAGCGACAAAUACGCCGCCCGCCUAUCCGCCAAAGCAAUAUCAGCAAAUUCGGGGUCCGCCGCAGCCGCAACAAGCGCAUUACGGCAUGCCGCAGUCAAAUAACGGGUCGGAUUACGGAAUUUACACUGGAGGGUCGUCCACGUAUGAGAGCAUCUAUGAGCCAAUUAAUCCGCGAACGCCAAGUCAGAUGUCGUCCCGUUCAAAUUAUUCGUUGUACACGUCGUAUGCGAACGGCAGUCAAAUCGGCAUCGAUAAAAUGGCGGGAUUACCGAAGGUGUCGGAAGUGGAUGCGCUCACAGAUCUCCUCGUGCAGUCGAUGGAUGGUACAAGUAGUCAAGAGAUCGAUUUGGGCAUUUGCAGCAAGUGUGGCGAGAAAAUUGUCGGCGAAAAUUCCGGAUGCACGGCAAUGGAUCGAUUAUAUCACAUUGUUUGCUUCACGUGUCACGAGUGUCAAAUUAAUUUGCAAGGAAAGCCCUUCUAUGCGUUGGAUGGGAAGCCGUUGUGUGAAGCGGAUUAUCUGAAUACUCUGGAAAAAUGCUCAGUUUGUUUGAAACCGAUUCUCGAGAGGAUCUUGAGAGCCACCGGCAAGCCAUACCAUCCGCAGUGCUUCACGUGCGUCGUUUGUCACAAAAGUUUAGACGGGAUUCCCUUCACCGUGGAUGCGACUAAUCAAAUUCACUGCAUUGAUGACUUCCAUAAAAAAUUCGCUCCCCGUUGCUGCGUUUGCCAUCUCCCGAUCAUGCCAGAGCCCGGACAAGAUGAAACAGUUCGUGUUGUCGCCCUCGAUCGCAGCUUCCACAUAAAUUGCUACAAAUGCGAGGAUUGUGGACUUCUUUUGUCUUCCGAAGCCGAGGGACGUGGCUGCUAUCCGCUCGAUGAUCACGUCUUGUGCAAAAAUUGCAACGCAACACGUGUCCAAGCACUCACUAGUCGAAUGACGACCGAGUUGUAAGACCUGCCAACGUACUGAACAAAAAAAAAACAAAAAAAAAAUAGAAUAUCGUGAAAAUUUAGUCACUAGAGACACAAUUAAUGUUGUUAAAACAUUUCUGCCAUUUAUUACACAGUAUUCGCUUGUCGUUGCAAAAAUUAUUAUUAUUAAAUAACAAUACUACCCAAUUUAUAGAUAUGGACAUAAUAAAUAAUAUAAAAAUAUGAAUCAUUCCAAAUUAGUACGAAAAAAAAAUCAAAUAUUCGUAUUUGUGUAGGUUGAUGCGUAUACAUAACGACAUCACAACACAACAAAACACAACAACAACGACAUAGUCAUAAACAUUCCAUGAAAUUAUGAUAUUUAUUGACAUUUUUUACUAUCUACACGUGAAUGCAUUUUGAUGAAUCACGAAACUGUAGCGAAAAAAAAGCGAAAAUUUUUAUUAAAAAAAUUUAUUGAUAUUGAAUAUCCUCAAUAAUAAUAAAAUAAAAUAAAAUAAAAUAAAUAAAUAAAAGGUUUAAUUAUAAAAUUUAUGAUAAAAAUUAAUAGUGAAUAUGCAUGAUAUUGAUAAAAAUUUGUUGUUUGAGAGAUCUUUUUGUAACGAAUUGAGAGUUAAUUAUUAUAAUUUUUUUAUUGAAAGAAAAAUAAUUAAAAGGAUGCUGCAAUAAAAUAAUGUAGGGUAGGGAAAAUCCAUGUUUUU